GCCUUCAAACGCGUAGACGUUCUUCGCAAAGAACCGGAUGCCGAGUGAUCCGUACUCCCGAUUUCGACCAAGUCGGUGUCGUCUAUUUUGUGCGUGAUGCAGUCCGAGCCGUCCCUGCGACCUGCCUUCGUUUCGGUGCAACUGAAGAAUGCAUGACGAUUAGGUCCGCUGCCCAAUGCAUUUCCCCCAGAUCCUGACCGGAUCCAAUCCUUGUGUCCUUGUUCCGUUCUGUGUCCCCUGUGUAUAUUACAAACGGGCGUGUGCAUCAGUGAGCCCCGAAAGUGAAUGAAUCCCGAAUAUGAUUCGCAAUCGUAACGAUCGUUCAUAGAGCACAUGUUAAGCUAAUCAAUAAGGAUAUCCCUGCCUUAUGUGAAUUAAUCAAGUUGAUAUCUACGUGACGCCGAACCCAAACCGAGGAGGCAAGCAAAGACAAAUGGCCAAAGUGCGUGAGACGCCAUAGGUGACCCCGAAAAGGUGACCCACAAAAAGAGGAAGUGUCGGCGACAAAGAAAUCGAGUCCAAUGCAGUUUGUUAGAGCCGACUACUCCAGAUUGCAAGAUGCGUUUGAAUGAACCAGCUGCAAGAACGCGACCCACAACAAAAUCAACGACAGAAGCCACCAAGUUCUCAUCAUCCAGGGGUGACCUUCACCUCGAAUGCUCCGUGCCCAACCUGAUCAGGCUGCUCCUCCUCAUCGCAACGAUCAUGGGCGGCGGACUCGUCCAGGCCAAGACAAUUUACGACUCGGUUAACAUGAUUCAGGCGCUGGAUGCCCUGGUGGAGCCACGGGAAUCGACCAAGGUUCCACUGCAAACAUCGCCAGCCACGCCCACUGCCCACGACCACGCCCACAUCCGGGUGUCCACGUUACGGAGUAGUUACGAGGAUUCAGAUGAUGGCGUAGAUGGCGAUUAUGUCAUCCCAGAGAGCCACACAUCUACAGUGGCGAUCCUGGAUCUGGAUUCCCCCAUGAAGGUCCAGGACAUGGAGUCGUUAUCCCUGCAGGCAGGAUCGGGCACAGUUUCCCCAAAGAGCAGCCCCGAUUCUUCCGGGCACAAGAAGAACGCCUCCUUCCAGCAGAUUGGCAGCCAGAAUGUAAACGCCUUAGUGCCGGCCACAGUGGCCACCACAUCAUCCGGCCUCCCGUCGAGCAGCAACUCCUCCUUGGCCACGCCCACGGAGCCGGCGAGGAACCGGAGCACCGGCCUCGUCCGCAACUCCGCAGUCAAGGUGGACAGCAAGCAUCCACUGUCCAAGGGCCAGAAGACGGACGCACCCAUGCUGAACUACAUCUUCGACACGUUCUCCUCGGCCAACAAGCACCAUCACCACGAUCAGAGGUAUGGCCCCCACUUCGAGGAUGUGCAGCGGAUUGGUCAGGCCACCAAUCUCACCGUGCAGGCGGGCUCCAGUAUCCACCUGAACUGCAGGAUUUCCCUGCUGCAGGAUAAGACUGUCUCUUGGGUGCGGCACAACACGCAGGACGAGGGCAAGGACAAUGGCAACGCCCUGGACCUGCUGACAGUGGGCAUGCACACGUACACGGGUGAUAAGCGCUACAAGAUGGAGUUCCAGUACCCCAACAACUGGCGACUGAAGAUAACCAAUGUGAAGAAGGACGACGAGGCCAUCUACGAGUGCCAGAUCUCAACGCAUCCGCCCCGUGUCAUUCAAAUCAACCUGCACGUGAAUGCUCCGAAAGUGAUGAUAGUGGACGAGGUGGGGGAUCCGCUGCAGGAGAAGUACUACGAGAUCGACUCCACGCUGCAGCUGUCCUGUGUGGUGCGGAACGUGGCCAUGACCAGUUCCGUGGUCUUCUGGAAGCACAUGGACAACAUCCUCAACUACGACGUUACUCGCGGGGGAGUGAGCGUCAAAACCGAACUGAUGGAGGAUGGAGCCAACUCGACGCUCUCCAUAGCGAAGAUCAGUAAAACGGAUUCCGGCAACUACACGUGCUCCAUCAGCGAGUUCCAGAACUUCACCAUAGUGGUUCACAUUCUGAACGGCGAAAGCUUCGCCGAACUGCACCAUGGUGGUGCGGGUGGGAUGCACAGCACGUGGUGGCAGCUGGUGAUGCUACAUGUAAUGGCACUCCUUGUGCUAAAUAGUGUAAGGGGGGAGUUUAGCUAAGGUAGCUUAACUAGGACUAGGUAAACUGAGAGAACAUCGUUUUCCCGUAGCUCUUUUUGUUGAUUAAUUGUAAAGAUUCUGAAUUGGAGGGGCAGUUAUUGGAAAUAACUUAAAACGCAGCCUAAGUUUAACUGGCUAUUAUAGAUAUGUUUCUACAUCUAUCAUCAAUUUGUACAUGAGCAGGCACGCGUAGGAUUAAGCUAGGAUUAAGGACUAAGCUCGAGUGUAUUUGAAAUCCGGAGAGAGGCCAACGAAUUUCCCUAGCAGAGUGUCUCACAGUCAGAGUUCUUGGUCUAGAUCUGACCUAGAUCUAGAUCUAGAUCUAGUUGAUACAGGAAUGUAAAGCGUAGUGUAAUCUAAGUCACCACCAGUUCAUUCAUAAUCACGGCUUUUGCGGCAACGAUCUGAGCUCCUGGGGGAACUACUCAAUGUUGAACUAAUAUAAAAUGCAAUACGUUCAUAUACAUAUUAUAUACAUACACACUCGCGGCAGAAGCAUCAAAGGAUAUGUUAAUAAACGAAUACUCGUAUGUACGCAAUAAUAAAGUGAACUAUAAAUGAA